AUUUAAUCUGUGUUGUCACCAUGAGCUGCAGGUCAGCCAAACGGACUGAAAAACAAAGAAUCCAGCAGCUUAUUUCUGUUGGACCUUUAGUUCUCCAGGCAUCGACUAUGAUCGUCUACUUGAACAACCAGGAGGCUCCCUUUACCAAGCAGCGUUUGAACUGCGUUGAUCCUAAACAGGAACACACAGGACAAAGGUAGGAAACCGACAACAAACCCCUCCAAGUGUUCCACCAAGCAACCUGUAAAACUUUCAGCUCAUCAGCCAGUGUUAGUGUCUGAAAGUGCUUCACUAAAGUGAUCCUGAGACUCUGACAGCUUUGGAACCGGUAACCGAGGACUGAGAGGAUGGGAUCCAGCCACAAGAGUUCAACCAGCAGCUCUCAGCGGUACCGGACCAGGGCCCCCUCCUCUCAGGUGGAUGAGAGUUUGUUUGGGAGCCCAGCAGCGUUGAACGUCCGUGAAAAUUCAGCCAGCAGAGCCAAACACUGGCCCCAGCGGAGCCAAGAAGGUGAUAUUGUUCAGAUCAUAACCAAAGACCUCAUUCGCAAUCUCAGGAUCCCAGUGAAGGAUUCUUCAAGAGACGCCAUCGUCCUAUCUUCAGCUGAGUUUGAGCGGAUUGCCUCAGUGUCCCGGGUUGUUACAAAGGAGCAGAGGGAGGGCCUGACACAGGCGUGUCAGAGGAAGAAAGAGGAGGAACUUAGAGCGACAGAGGAGAGGAAGCACUGGAUCCUUGAAGCUGACCUCAGUCGCAGGAGAAAAAAGGGGCUGACUGAGCUGGAGCUAGAGUCUGAGGACCAUGCACAGAGCCUCAUAGAGCGGGCCAACGCCCACACCACCGAGCAAGAAGAAGAGAUCAAAAGGCUCAACAUGGUGAGAAGCAGCUGUGGACAGUGUCAAGCCACACGUGACGCCCAGAUCAGAGAAAGGAAACAGAUCCAGGCGGAGUUGUCACUAGAGGAGAAGCGUCUAGAUGACAUGAUGGCAGUGGAGCGCCGCAAAGCUUUGGAGAUGAUGGAGCAGAGCGAAGAGCUACGCAAACAACAGAGAAUGAAUGGUAUGCAGCAAAUUUACAACCAAAUCCUGCAACGUCUUGAGGAUAAGCAAUUAUUUCAGGAAACAAAAGAGCAGGAAAAAUGGCAGAUACGGGAAAACCAGGAGAAAAUGUUUAUGGAAGACCAACAGGCCCUGGAGAAGAAGAGGGAGGAGCAACGGCACCUGCAGAGGGAGAUCAUAUCCAUCAACGCUGAGACCAUGCGGGCUAAGGAGCAGAGGAGAGAGGAGGAGAAGCUGGCUGACUUGAGAGAUAUGGAAUACAUCCAAAACAAGCUGGAACGGGAGGCAGAGUAUGAAGCUGAGCAGAGACACAUGAGGAAACAAAAGGAGCUGGAGAUCACCAAGAUGAGGGCCAAACAACAAAGAGCAAAAGACUACAAGGCCGAGCAGGAUGAGAUCCGCACUCGGAGGAACCAAGAAGUUACGGACAGAGAAUGGAGGAGAAAAGAGAAAGAGCUGGCUGCUGAAAAAAUACAAGAGGAGGCCAUGCUGAAGAUGGCUCGCUUGGAGCAAGUUCAAUGCAAAGAACACUUCCUGUCCAUUGAGGCUGGCCGGGAGAAAGCUGAGGUUGAGCGGAUGCUAGAGGCACAACAGAAAGCAAUAAUCAAACAGCAGGAAGAGGAGGAGAGGCAGCGUCAGAAAGCAAGGUGCCACGCUGAGGCGGUCCGUCAGCAGAUAAAGGAGCUGGAGUUCUCAGCCGUAGCUAAACGCAGGGAAACGUUCAAGGAGGCUGAGAGUUUGGUUCAAGAAGCCCAUCAGAGACGGGUGCGUCUGGAUGAGAUUAAAAGGAAGAAGCUUAAAGAGCUAAGGGCUACAGGACUCUCUGAAAAAUACUGCAGCGAAGUGGAAAGAAAAGCCUGGGCCUGCUUACUCUGAAUCACUCACAACUAAAUAAUAUUAAGCAAUCACAUUUGACAUGCUCUGAUUACAAGGGAAGAAUUUAAAUAAUACCUGAACACAUUAAAAUCAAUAAAACUUUUAUUGA